AUGUCAAUAAGUGUACUUCUAACAGUCCCAGUGCUUUUUCUGUCUGCAUUUGCUCGUUGUGACAGUCAACCGAACAUUGUUUUCAUUUUUGCUGAUGACUAUGGAUGGAAUGACAUUGGUUACCACAAUCCUAUUUUCCAAACACCGAAUCUCAAUAGCUUAGCUGCGGACGGGAUCAAGUUGGAAAACUACUAUGUUGCACCGGUGUGUACACCAUCAAGAGGACAGCUAUUGACAGGACGAUAUGCGAUGCGGUAUGGGUUGGUACACAGAAAUAUAAGGCCUGCUCAACGAAUGUGUCUACCACUCGAUGAAGUAACAUUACCUGAGAAAAUGAAGCAAGCAGGUUACGCAACUCAUAUGGUCGGGAAAUGGCACCAGGGAUUCUACACACCAGCAUGCAUUCCCACACAACGUGGAUUCGAUAGUUUCUUCGGAUUUUACAUUUGUACUGAAGAUUAUUUCACUCAUUCUGCCAGUGGUGGAUUUGAUUUGAAAAGAGGUGAGACUGAUCCAUUGUUUUUGUACUUGGCUUACCAGUCAGUACACGCUAAGUAUGCAAGUGUUCCACAGCAAUACUCGGAUCUCUACAAUGGCAUAAUAGAAGAUGAACGUCGGCGUACAUUGGCUGGAAUGGUAACCUGUAUGGAUGAAGGUAUUGGGAAUAUUACCAAAACAUUAAAAGAUUCUGGAAUCUGGGAUAACACUAUUUUAAUAUUUUCAAAUGACAAUGGUGGAUUGCCAGCCCAUGGUGGUAACAAUUGGCCUCUUCGGGUGAGAGAAUCGUUAUAUGAGUGUUGUUCGGG